AUGAAGACUGUCGACCUUCAGCAAGAACGAGGUGCGCCCGUGCGGACGUCCUUCUCAUCAGGCUCCCACAACAAGGCUCAGACACUGUCGGGAAGUUUGACCCCGGUGGGAGGCGUGACCAUGGAAAAACAGUUUUUCGGUGUCAAACGGCCUCUGAGAGUGAUUGUAAUUGGAGCUGGCAUAUCUGGGCUCAAUUUCUUUAAGAGAGCUGAAGAGCAAGGUGGGAAUCUAGAGAUUGUAUGCUACGAAAAGAAUGCCGAUAUUGGGGGCACUUGGCUCGAGAACCGUUAUCCUGGUUGUGCCUGUGACAUACCCUCUGUCGUUUACCAGUUUCCAUGGAGACCUGCUCGGUGGUCGAGAUACUGGUCCUAUUCAGAGGAAAUUUGGAGUUAUCUCAAAGUGGUUGAGCAAGAAAACCGGUUUGUCGAGAAAUAUGUUAAACUACAACACCAGGUCGAGGAACUAUCGUGGAGUGACAAGGAGGCAAAAUGGAGAGUCAGCGUCCAUGACGUUCAGCAUGACCUCCAUUUUUAUGAUGAAGCUGAAGUGGUUAUCAACUGUACUGGGGUUUUAAGUAAGUGGAAGUGGCCUUCCAUUCCAGGCCUGCAGACGUUUCAGGGAACUCUACUCCACUCUGCCGCCUGGGACUCAUCUAUCAGCUUGAAGGGGAAGCGGGUCGCACUCGUUGGUGCUGGUAGUAGCGCUGUGCAGAUUUUGCCCAACAUCUACCCAGAUGUCGAGAAGGUAUACACAUGGGUGCGUAGCAAGGUUUGGAUAACCGGAAACUUCAGCCAAAGUUUCACGCGAGCUGACGGAUCCAACUACCAAUAUACGGACGAACAGCAGAAAAUCUUCGAUGAGGCUAAUAAUGAUGAAUACCUCGCGUACCGCAAAAUGGUCGAGCAACCAUUUAACCGGCGUUUCGAGUUUAUUAUGAAUGGUACCGAGGCGCAAAAAGCUACGUUCGAUUAUUGCGAGGAGCACAUGAAAACCAACCUCCAAACAAGACCGGACCUUAUCGAAAAGAUUGUACCGACCGACUUCUACGUUGGUUGCAGAAGACCCACUCCCGGCUAUGGCUAUCUUCAGAGUCUAUGCGCAUCGAAAACCACCGCGUAUACAGAAACCUUGGAGACUAUCAGUGAAAAAGGGUUUUUUGACCCUGACGGCAAUGAGCAAGAAGUAGACGUCAUAAUCUGUGCUACUGGAUUCGACACGUCUUUCAAACCUAGGAUUCCACUUCUUGUCAAUGGGGUAGACAUGCGCCAGAAAUGGACUCAAGAGCAACAUCCACCUUCGUACCUCAGUGUCGCGCUUGGGGGAGUACCAAAUUAUCUGAUCUCUGGGGGUGCAUACUUCCCUGUCGCGCAUGGAUCAUUUUUUCCUCUCAUUGACUCGUUCUGUAAAUACGCCCUCAAGCUCAUUGAGAAAAUCCAGGUUGACAAUAUUGCCUGGGUGGCACCAAACGAAAUGAAAACGAAGCAGUUUCUGGGACGUGCCAACGACUUCCUAAAGCAAACGGCUUGGAAUGGGCCUUGCUCGUCAUGGUUCAAAGGUGGGACAGUGGAUGGUCAGCCUGCGCUCUACCCCGGGUCACGGCUGAGCUUCAUGAAACUUAUCGAGAAUGUUCGCUUCGAGGACUACGACAUUGAGUACUUGGACCCAGAUGAUCCUUUUGCUUUCCUAGGAAAUGGGCAGCAUGUAUGUGAGGAAGAUGGAAGCGAUGUCACGUGGUAUCUAGGGACAAACAGCGACCAAAAUCUGAGUGACAUUCUGCUCAAGCGAAUGGCAGCUCCUAAAUCAGUGUGA